CAGUUAUGUCCUUACAAGCUACAGCUGUGCAGAGUAUGCGCCAGGGCUGUGUUGUUCCAAAGGCACGGAGAAGGACAAUGUGAUGAACUCUUACGCAACUCCAAAAGAAAAGUUAAGAUGUUUCAAAUUGUGACGGUUUUAACACGAUCCAGUUCUAUGAUGUGUUGGGUGAAUAUGAAUACUUAACAAACUCAACAGAGCCUUCUGUGCAGUGGCUUGUUGUGUUGUAGCCUCUCCUAGCGCCUGAAGACUGCUUCGCUCCAGAUGUUGGAGGUGUCGAGUGUGGUCUCCUGCUGAAGUGGGACAGAGCGCAGCAGGGAAACUUCUCAGGCUGUCGGAGCUGACAAUCUCAACCGGAGUACGCAAGAGACUACAACGGUACAAUGCUCUCUCACCCAGAAUUUCGACAGGACUGGACAACAGCGCGGAGAUAACUAGAAGUGUGGGUGUGUUGGAUAAGCAGCGAUGGCCUCCGAACUGGUGUGCGGGCUCAUCUUCAGACUCCUGCUUCCAGUUUGUCUCGCUGCAACAUGUCUGUUCCGGUACAGUGGGCUGUCGUUGGUCUACCUCAUCUACCUCCUGCUCAUCCCACUCUUCUCAGAACCCAGCAGAACCACCAUGCAGGGUCGUACAGGCAGUCUGCUGAAGUCCUUGUGUGUCACCAGCCUGAGCUUCCUGCUCAUGCAGAUCACCUACCAGGUCACCAUCUCCAGCUUGCUGGCCAACGGACGCAUGGAGCCUAGCUUUAACUGUUCAGCCUGGGAGAAAUCACUGAGACAGCUUGGCCUGGAGAGUGUGCAGGGAACGGAUGCAGGAAACGGUAUCCGAGUGUUCAUACCAGACAUUGGGAUGCUGGUUGCUGGACUGGUGACCUGGCUUCUCUGCCUACGUCUGGAGGACAAGCCUCAGGGCAUGGACACCUCACUAAACCACAACAAUGAACGUGACACCCAGGAAAAUGUGGAGGAGGAGGAAGAAGAGGAGGGAAAGGAUGAGUUGGAGGAUGAGUUGUUGUUUGAGGAUGACUCUGAGCUUGAGGAGGAUGGAGGGAUGUCGGAGGAGGAGGAAGAGGAGGAAAGCACAAAGAGGAUGAUCCUUCGUCAGAUAGCAUCCAUGGCGUCCAAACUAAGGGAAAUCAUUGGCAAUCUGAUUACCACUGCAGGGAAAGUAGUGGUAACCAUAUUACUGGGCCUCACAGGGAUCAUGCUGCCAUCCUUGACCUCUGCCGUCUACUUCCUGGUAUUCCUGGUUCUGUGUACGUGGUGGUCGCUGUGUCUGACCUUUGACCCCCUGGUGUUCAGCUGUCUGUGUGUCCUCAUGGCCAUCUUCAGUGCAGGGCACCUGCUGGUGCUCUACAUCUACCAGCUGCAAGUUGUUCAGGAGCUCAUACCCCCUGGAGACCCUUACGCUAGUGUGUUUGGGGUGGUGGCAGUGGUGCAGACAGACUGCUCCGCCCCCUGGGCUCUGAGGCUGAGGCCAGGCCUGGCCUGGCACCACUACACCAACCCCCUGCUGGUGCUGGUUCUCUACUACACACUGGCCACCCUCAUACGGCUCUGGCUGCAUGACCCCCCGAUGUCAGGGGACAGACAGGGGAUUGAGAGGGAGGAGACAGGAUGUGAUAUCAACAAUGACAUCACCAGCGAUAUCCCCAUUGACAUCAUGCCCUCAGCAGAGAAGAGGAGAGAGCAAUGGAGGACCUACCACAUGGAUGAAAGAAACGUCCUGAUUGGGACAACCUUUGGCUCUCCUCUAAACUACCCCCCCUGCCCACCAACCCCCUGCCCCACCCCACCCAACCACAACACCUCUUCAUUGGACCUGUACUCAGAGUCCCAGUAUGAGGCAGGCCAGGGGGAGAGGCAGGGGGAUGGCAGCAUGUACGAGGUGGUGAGGGGCCCUGGGUCCAGGCCGGCCUCAGAGACGGAAGUGCUGCAUGUGAGCCUGGCUGUCACAGCCUUCAGGUUCAUCAUGAAGCAAAGUUACAUCUGUGCCCUCAUUGCUAUGAUGGCAUGGAGCAUCACGUAUGUGAGCUGGCUGACCUUUGUGCUGCUGCUGUGGUCAUGUGUGCUGUGGAUGGUGAGGGACCGGCGGCGCUACGCCAUGCUGUCGUCUCCCUUCAUGGUCGUGUACGGAACGCUGCUCCUGCUGCUGCAGUACAUCUGGAGCUUUGAGCUGAUGCAGCCCCUCCCUGGGCUCUUCCUGAAGAGAGAAGUGCCCUUCAGAGAGCUGGCCUCCAAGAUCUUGUGUCUUCUGAGUUUCUGGCUACUCUUGAGACAGUCCCUGACAGAGAGGAAAGCGAGCCAGAAGGAGGAAGGGCUUUCUGACAUCAAGAUAGAAGCCCACAGGAAGGAGGAGGAGGAGCAGGCUGGGGGACAGAGAGAGGUGAUGGCGUUGCUAGGCAGCACAGUGAUCAGGAUGUUUGUCAAGUACUGGAUCUACGUAUGUGGAGGCAUGUUCUUCUUCGUCAGCUUUGAGGGACGUAUCGUCAUGUACAAGAUCAUCUACAUGAUGCUGUUCCUCUUCUGUGUGGCACUCUAUCAGGUGCACUAUGAAUGGUGGCGGCGUGUGCUGAAGUACUUCUGGAUGUCGGUAGUGGUGUAUACCAUGCUGGUGCUCAUCCUGGUGUACACCUUCCAGUUCCCUUCCUCCCUGAAGGCCUGGGCCCGCCUGACUGGCAUGAGCAAAGACAGACUGGAGGACCUGGGUCUGGAGAGGUUCUCGGUUCCUGCUCUCUUUACUAGGAUAUUUGUUCCCGCCUCCUUCCUGCUGGUGUGUGUGCUGCAUCUCCACUACUUCCACAAUCACUUCCUGUCUCUGACCGACAUCAAGACUGUGUCGGACAAGCAGAGCAGCACCAUCACACGGUAGGGACUAGGACUGACCCAUACUGGCUCUAGAACUGUGUGUGUGUUUGAGGGUUAUGUCUCUGAAUCUGUUUUUGUGUGUGUCUUCAGGUUGGUCCAUCUAGAUGGUAGUCUGGCUGACAUCUCUCUGGCCAAGCCCCCCCUCCACCUACCACAAACGGAAGAGGAGCAGGGGGGGGAGCAGGAAAUGGAGGAGAAUGAAGAACACAUGGAGAAGGAGGAGAAAAAAGAAUGGAUGGAGAAGAAGAGAGAUAUGGUACCUGUGCAUUUGUCCAGCCAGCCAGAAAGCAAACCCUGCAAUGUGGAUCAGGACACCCCACCAGAGGACAACACCGACCUGAGGAGUAAAUGGCGGCUGGUGGGAGACCGUCUGAGCGUGCUCCUGCUCCAGUUCCUGCAGUACGUCCAGCGGCUGCAGCUCCUCUUGUGGUGGCUCCUGGAACUGCACAUCAUCAAGAUUGUCUCCGCUUACAUCAUCUGGGUGUCGGUCAAAGAGGUGUCCCUGUUCAACAGUGUGUUUGUGGUGAGCUGGGCCUUCUCUCUGCCCUUCAGUCAGUUCCGCCCACUGGCUUCCAGUGUGUGCACGGUGUGGACCUGCAUCAUCAUCAUUUGCAAGAUGCUGUACCAGCUGAGCUCCAUCCAGCCUCACACCUACUACAGGAACUGCUCCAUGCCUGGUAACUAUAGCAACGCUCAGAGGGAGGAGCUCUCUGCCUCACUGCUCUACAAUGCACCUAUAGACCCUGCCCAUUGGGUGGGGCUUCGCAAGGCAACACCUCUGCUGGAUAACCUCAAGAACAACUUGGUGAUGCUGGCCCUGCUGGUGUUUGAGAUCACGGUGUACAGACACCAGAUUCUGCACCGCCUCCAACACAAGCUGACUCCACCCACCACCAGGACCAUCUUCCAUGACAUCACACGGCAACACCUCGACGACGGCAUCAUGAACUGUGCCAAGUACUUUGUGAACUACUUCUUCUACAAGUUUGGUGUCGAGACAUGCUUCCUGCUGGCGGUGAACGUGAUUGGCCAGAGGAUGGACUUCUAUGCCAUGCUCCACGCCUUUGGCCUGAUCGCCAUCAUCUCCCGUCGCCACAGGAAGUCCAUUGCCCAGGCCUGGCCUCGCUACUGCUGUUUUCUGUCCUGCCUGCUCACUCUGCAGUACCUGCUCUGCAUAGGUGUCCCCCCUGCAGCAUGCAAAGACUACCCUUGGAGGUUUCCAUCAUCCAACAUGGACUCCAAUGUCAUCAAGUGGCUCUACAUUCCUGACUACCACACAAGACCCAACCCCCUCUUCCUGCUCUACGACUUCAUGCUCCUGCUGAGUGUGUCUCUGCAGAGGGAGGUGUUUAAGGAAGAGAACCAGGUGGCUGUUCAUCUACUGGCAGGAGACAAUGUAGAGAUCUGCAAUGACCUGGAUGCUGCCUCCUUCAGCCAGCUCAACCCUGCCCCUGACUUUAUACACUGCAGGUCGUAUCUGGACAUGUUGAAGGUCAUCAUAUUCAGCUACCUGUUUUGGUUCGUUCUCACCAUCAUCUUCAUCACUGGCACCACCAGGAUCAGCAUCUUCUGCAUGGGCUACUUGGUGGCCUGCUUCUACCUGCUGUUGUUCGGAGGAGAGCUUUUGCUCAAGCCUAUCAACAGCAUCCUUCACUACUGGGACUUCCUCAUCGCCUACAAUGUGUUUGUCAUCACCAUGAAGAACAUCCUGUCAGUUCUUGCCUGUGGUUACAUCAAAGCACUAGUUGUCAAUCACUGUUGGCUGAUACAGCUCUUCAGCCUGGCCUGCACCAUCAAAGGAUACUCCAAACCAGAGCAGCAGGCCAAUAAGCAAUGUGAGUUGCCUAGCGACGAGGCAGGCAUCAUUUGGGACAGCAUCUGCUUUGCCUUCCUGUUGCUACAGCGACGUGUAUUUAUGAGCUACUACUUCCUGCAUGUGGUGGCGGACAUCCGCUCUGCUCAGAUCCUUGCCUCCAGAGGAGCGGAAUUGUUCCAUGCCACCAUAGUGAAGGCUGUCAGAGCCAGACUGGAGGUGGAGAAGAAGUCUAUGGACCUGCUGAAGAGACAGAUGGACCGGAUUAAGAGUCGUCAGAAGAGGUUCAAGAGAGGCAAAGAGAGGCUGCUGACUCUGGUCCAGGAGAGCACUGAGACCCACCAGGACCCCCCCAGACUGCAGCAGGAGCAGGGUCAAACUGAAAGAGAGAAGAAAGGAGGGAGAAGGAAGGAGUGGUGGAGGCCCUGGGUGGACCAUGCCUCCAUGGUAAGGAGUGGGAACUACUACCUGUUUGAGUCAGACAGCGAGGAGGAGGAGGAAGAGGAGGAGGAGAAGAAGGAGGAAGAGCAGCCAAAGAAGUCUGCCUUCCAGUUUGUGUACCAUGCAUGGAUCACAGACUCCAAAACAGCCAUGAAGGAACGCAGCCAGGAGAAACAACGCUUCUGGCAGAGAUACACUGAAGGACGAAAGUCGAGGAGGGAGGAGACAAGGAAGGAGGAGGCGGGGAGGGAGGACACAGAAGAAGGUCGUGCUGCGGUAGAAUUGGAGGAUGAAGAGGCGGAGGAAAAGGAGAGAAAGACAGACAGACCAGACAACAUUCUGAAACGGCUCUUCAACAUGCUGAAGUUCUCCUGGGUCCUGGUGCAAGCCCUGCUGGACAGCCUGACUGCCUGGCUGAACUCACUGUGUCAGGAGCACAUCUCCAUCUCUACUGUGCUGCGGAUCGAGCGUUGCAUGCUAACACACGAGGUCAAGAAGGGGAAUCUCCCCUCCAGGGAGAGCAUCCAUCUGUAUUACCAGCAGCAGAUGUGCUGCGGUGCAUCUGUAGAGUCAGGCCUGGAGAAACACCCCGAGGACUUAAUCUCCCAGGACUUAGAGGGGCGGAGGUCAGCCUAUCAGCAAGAGAGCCAAGACUCUGUGGUGUCACGUGACAGCCUGUCCAGUACACACACUGAUGCCACCCUGAUGUACUUGUACCAGUCCAACCUGGACCGCUCAGAGUUGGGGGAGAGACCCCCCGUGCUCAGGACCAGCCAGCGACCACGGCCCAUGCUUCAAAAGAUGGCAGGAAUGGACCUCCCUUGCUCCUCUACUUUCUCCACUUCUUCCUCUCUGGAGAGCAUGGACAGCAGAACAGUCAGUGAACACAACAAGCCCACAGCACUGUGCUCGCGACAAGGCGCUCUGAAGAAGAUGGAAGUGGACCCCUCCUCCCUGACGGACCCCCCAAGCCAGCCGGCUCCAUCCCCAGGGGGGAUCUCUGAGGGAGCGGCUUGGGAGCAGGGUAGCUGGUGUCCCUCCUGUUCUGGCUCCGCUGAACUGCAGCUGGACUCAGCCCAAUCCCUCGGGCAGAGUCCUCGGGAGGUGGACAUCCCCCCCUCAUACAGCCUGGCCCUGGGCCUGGACCUGCAGGAGGGCGGGACGGAGGUGGCAGCGGGGGUCCCCAGGACAAAAUGUCGGGUGGUUAUGGCACCUGAGGAGAGGGAGGAGCCAGAUACACUCCCCUCUCUGACCCAUGAGCUGACUGCCAGCGAGCUGCUCAGCAAUAGAAUGUUCUAUGAUGAGGAGCUGGAGGCAUCUGAGCGCUUCUUCGGUGACCAGCCUGCCCUGUUGCUGCUGUGCUAUGCAUUGUACAACAUCCUAGUGGCCAGAUCUGAGAUGGUCUGCUAUCUGGUCAUCAUUCUCAACCACAUGGUGUCUGCCAGCUGUGCCACCCUGGUGCUGCCCAUUCUCAUCUUCCUGUGGGCCAUGCUGUCUGUGCCACGCCCCUCCAAACGCUUCUGGAUGACUGCCAUUGUCUACACUGAGGUUACCAUAGUGAUAAAGUACUUUUUCCAAUUUGGGUUUUUCCCAUUCAAUCAAAAUAUGGAGCUGGACCGGACCAAGCCCUUCCACCCACCCAACAUCAUCGGUGUAGAGAAAAAAGAGGGCUAUGUCCACUAUGACCUCAUUCAACUGCUGGCACUCUUCUUUCAUCGCUCCAUCCUCAAGUGCCAUGGCCUGUGGGAUGAGGAUGACUCCAGAGGAGGGGUGGCAGGGAUCAGACCUGCCAAACGUCGCCAUAACAACUCAGAGAAGAAGGGUCGGAGCAAGGCCAGAGAAGAGAAGCAUCCUCCAGCGAGCCCCUCCCGCCCCUCCUCCCAGGAGACUGUGCUCCGACGCUUCUCCAAACACUCCCACUCAACCUCCACGCCGCUCUACCGCAAGAGCUCCAUCUCCCAGCGCUCCGCUCACUCCAGAGGUAGUGUAAGUUCUCGUGGCAGCCUGAGGAAGGGAGGCAGUAUGGGGUGUGUCCAACGACGCAGCAAGAAAGAGAUGAUUCUGGAAAAACUACAAGAGCAACUGAUAAGAGCCAAAAGCUUCACUGUCAAUAGGACGCUUCAGUUCUACGUUCCUAUUCGCCAGUUCUUCUACAGUCUGAUCCACCCAGAGUACAGCGCUGUCACUGAUGUCUACGUUCUCAUGUUCCUUGCUGACACAGUUGAUUUCAUAAUCAUUGUAUUUGGCUUUUGGGCCUUUGGGAAGCACUCAGCAGCAGCCGACAUCACUUCGUCCUUGUCGGAAGACCAGGUUCCAGAAGCGUUCCUUGUGAUGGUGUUGAUCCAGUUUGGCACCAUGGUGGUGGACCGGGCCCUGUACCUGAGGAAGACAGUGAUGGGGAAGGUCAUCUUCCAGGUCAUCUUGGUGUUUGGCAUCCACUUCUGGAUGUUCUUCAUCCUGCCGGGGGUCACUGAGAGGCGUUUCAGCCAGAACACUGUGGCUCAGCUGUGGUACUUCGUCAAGUGUAUCUACUUUGGCCUGUCUGCCUAUCAGAUCCGCUGUGGCUACCCCACCCGUGUCCUGGGAAACUUCCUGACCAAGAGUUACAACUACCUCAACCUCUUCCUGUUUCAAGGGUUCCGCUUGGUUCCCUUCCUGACUGAGCUGCGAGCGGUGAUGGACUGGGUCUGGACUGAUACAACUCUCAGCCUGUCCAGCUGGAUCUGUGUUGAGGACAUCUACGCACACAUCUUUGUCCUCAAAUGCUGGAGGGAAUCAGAGAAGCGCUACCCCCAGCCCCGCGGCCAGAAGAAGAAGGUGGUGGUGAAGUACGGCAUGGGCGGCAUGAUCGUCUUGCUGCUCAUCUGCAUCGUCUGGUUUCCACUGCUCUUCAUGUCACUGGUCAAGUCUGUGGCCGGCGUGGUCAACAAGCCCCUGGACGUGUCUGUAACCAUCACCCUGGGGGGCUUCCAGCCAAUCUUCACCAUGAGUGCUCAGCAGAACCAGCUGAAGGAAGUCUCAGCAGCAGACUUUUCUGACUUCAUGAACUCCUACAACUACAUUCCUAGCGCCAUGCAGUUCCUGGAGGCGUACACCUCUGAAGACCUGACGGUGGCGGAACUGGAGGGAAGCAGCAACUCUCUCUGGACCAUCAGUCCCCCCAGCAGGAACAACCUCAUGGAUGUGCUAAGCUACGAGGAGCAGUUUCCUGUCACCAUGUCCUGGACAAUACAGAGGAACCUGAGUCUUGGAGCAAAAGCUGAGGUUGCCACAGAUAAACAUGUUACGUAUCUGGACAUGACAACGCGGCAGGAACUCAUAGACCUGCUGAACGGAACACGCAGCCAGGCUGUGGUGAUAGAGCAGGUGUUUCCCUGCUUCAUCAGAGCUCCCAGUGACUCCAACGCUAAACCCAUAGAACAGCUCUAUAAAGAGGAGGGCUAUAAGAACAUCCUGCUAGCCUUGGAGCGGACCACCAAUGGCAGUGGAGAGAUCCAGGAGUGGUGGAUUGUCGACCAACCAGCAGCCAGCAAGAUCAAGAUGAGGGGCGGAGCCUCUGGAGGAAAGAGGGGGGCGGGGCUACAGCUCUACGUCUUCAGUGACAAAGUGAGCCCUCCCAGUCUGGGCUUCCUGGCAGGAUACGGCAUCAUGGGUCUAUAUGCCUCUGUGGUUCUCGUCAUUGGGAAGUUUGUGCGAGAGUUCUUUAGCGGGAUCUCCCACUCCAUCAUGUUUGAGGAGCUGCAGUGUGUGGACCGCAUCCUGAAGCUGUGCACAGACAUCUUCCUGGUCCGUGAGACUGGGGAGCUGGAGCUGGAGGAGGAGCUCUACGCCAAGCUCAUCUUCCUCUACCGCUCACCAGAGACCAUGAUCAAGUGGACCAGGGAGAAGAACAAGUGACACUGCCACCCAGAGAUCUUCUCAGGAACUUACAAUUUUGGAGCCUGGUAGAUAGUUUGUAGAAGCUCAGUCAGACAAGGACUGGAAGACAUGUUCACAUUGUGGAUCUGCCUGUCAUAUGGUCUGGAUAUGAGGUUGUGAUCUGCUGUUCCCUAACUGGCUGUGCUCCAUUAAAAGCACAAACCCUGGGUUGUGCAAUAUCCUAUUUGGCCAGGAGAGAAGUGAGGUCAGAGGUGACAGUGAAGCCAAAUGAUGUGGUUUCUCUUCUAAUCACCUCGUCCCCACUUCCUGCUCUUCCUCCUUUCUCCCUUCUCCCCUGUGCUUGUUUCGUGUGUCAAGGUCAUUCAUAAUGUGAUCGUCUCCACCUAUGCAUAGACCAAAUCUACUGUGUGUGCCUGUAGUGUGUACCAUCCAGACUGGUGUUGUGUUAAAGGUGUACAUGUGGUUCAUCUGAGAAUAAACAUGUCUGAAACAUGACU